GCGCAUGUUUUGACUUUUUAUCAUCUCCGGUAAUCAGUGCUCAUCGUACACUCCCUGCAAUCACGCAAAUCCCAAGUUGACCAGCAAUUCGUCAUGUCCCAAACAUCCCAAACAUCUGAAUUUCCCACAGCUCCUGAUGAUGAUUCCGUAGGGGAGUUUUGCAAGAAAAUCCUCAAAUCUCGCAUUUUUCUCGGGGAAUUCCGUGAGAAGCGUCUUGUUGAACCACUUGAUUGCUAUCGAGAUGUUAUCGUUGUCAGUGCACAAACUGAGUCAGCGAUUGCCAAUGAUUUGGACAUUGUCCGGAGUAAAUUAAUUGAUGUGCACGCAGGAAAGGGAGAUGUUCAGUGGAUUGGACUUACGCGGAAUACAGGGCAGAGCAGUAAGGGCCUGGAGAGUGUGUCUGUGUGGACAGAACUGGAUUCUUUCUACACAUUUGGCAAAUAUUGGUUCCAAAUCAGAACUAUCCGUUUCCGGAACAAUGAGAUUCUCCUCAAGCUCAAAGUUCUUCGUUCCGUGGAUGAUGUUGCACCACAGCAAACAGUUCAAGAGCUUCCAUUUAAGUGGGAGGAUAUUGAUUGGCCUCUUGUGGAGCGACUUGGAAGGGAUUUGUACACCUGGGCUGGUCACCAGGCGCGGAAUCUUCUUACAUCUCUGCUCUCUAUUCGCAUCAGCACACAACAGAUCAUUUCCACUGUUAAAAUGUUUAUCUUUUUCGCCAUCACAGCCGUGGUAUCUACCUUCCAUGCUGUCCGAGCCAUUGGGGAGUUUGGUUUGCGUUUCAUGGCAGAAACUCGAAGGUGCUUCAACACGCUGAUGCCCCUAUUCCUUGGUAUCAUUGAUUUCUUCACGAAGAUUGUUGGGGGAUUCUACAUGCUGAUUGCUAUGAUUUGGCGAGAUAGCAUAAACCUCAGAGGGGCAGGGAGGAAUAAUUUGCGAGCCCUACCACCACCCCCAAGGCGAUGGAAUUCCCAAAACUAUGCAAGGAGGCAAUUAAACUACCCCAAUUAACACAAUCUUACUCGUCUUAAGCUUUUAUUGCACUCACCAAUCAUUUAUUUCCAAAGCGCAUUGAAUGCAUUCUUAUCAAGUCAUUUUUGUUUAUUAAACAAUACACUCCUGUGAACAUAAUUUUAUUGUGAAUUUUAUGUAAAUAGAUGAAAUAAAAAUAAUUAUUUUAA